AUGUCUACUUUCGGGUCCCAAUUUCGUGUUACCACCUACGGCGAAUCUCAUUGUCGUUCUGUUGGCUGUAUUGUCGAUGGUUGUCCUCCAGGGAUGGCCUUGACGGAGGCCGAUAUCCAACCUCAAAUGACCCGACGUCGUCCUGGACAGUCUUCACUGGCAACUCCCCGCAAUGAAAAAGACGCUGUCAAGAUUCAGUCCGGCACUGAAUUCGGAUACACUCUUGGAACACCAAUUGGUCUCAUGGUCCAGAACGAGGAUCAAAGGCCACAUGAUUACUCCGACAUGGACUUGUAUCCAAGACCAAGUCACGCGGAUUACACCUACUUGGCCAAGUAUGGUGUAAAGGCGAGCUCAGGUGGUGGAAGGAGUAGUGCAAGAGAGACAAUUGGCCGUGUGGCUGCUGGUGCAAUUGCCGAAAAAUACCUUUCAUUGGCCUAUGGCGUCGAGAUUGUCUCAUUUGUGUCCAGUGUUGGUCCUAUUCACCUCCCAGGAUCCGUAGAUUCAACACCCGAGUACAUGUCUCUUCUUUCUACCAUCACCCGAGAAAAGGUCGAUGCCUUUCUCCCGGUUCGUUGUCCAGAGGGAGAAUCGAAUAGCAAGAUGGCGCAGUUGAUUGCUGAGUACCGUGACAAAAAAGACUCAAUUGGAGGAACAGUCACUUGCGUUAUCAAGAACGUUCCCAUUGGUCUUGGAGAACCAUGCUUUGAUAAGCUUGAAGCUAAACUCGCACACGCAAUGCUUUCCAUACCAGCAACGAAGGGAUUUGAGAUUGGUUCAGGAUUCCGUGGGACUGAAGUUCCUGGUUCAAAGCACAAUGACGCCUUCAUCCGCUCAGAGAAUGGAAAGCUCUCUACCGUCACCAACAACUCUGGCGGUAUUCAAGGGGGUAUUACUAAUGGUGAAAACAUUUAUUUCAAAGUUGCUUUCAAGUCUCCGGCCACCAUCGGUCAUGCUCAGGAAACGAGUAAGUAUGAUGGUGAGGCCGGCAUCUUAGAAGCAAAGGGUAGGCACGACCCUUGUGUUGUUCCCAGAGCGGUUCCUAUUGUAGAGGCUAUGGCGGCACUUGUAAUCAUGGAUGCAGUCAUGAUUCAGCAGGCUCGUGAGACGUCCCGCUCCCUACUUCCACCUCUUCCUCAAAACCUCGGAAUCAAAACACCCACAGCCCUCGACGGGAGAGAAAAGAACGUUGAUCCUACGAAGGUCCCAAAGGCUGAACAGGAUAAGCUAGUUAUUGAUUCGGAGGGACGAAAGAUUGUUGGGGGCUCCGAAGGAAAGGUAUUUGGUGACGAAUAA